UGACGUCCUUGGCGUGGCUGCAGGGGAGGCCGCGGCGGGGAAAAUGGCGGACGGGAAGGCGGGAGAGGAGAAGCCUGAGAAACCGCAGCGAGCUGGAGCCGCCGGAGUUAAUUCAUGGGAGCCUCUUCUACUGCCACACAAUCUCAGUUCCUGCUGUAUGCUCUAACAAACAGUGGAAGAGACUGUUGGGUCAGUAGGUGACAACUGCAGAGGUGUCUUCCUUAUAACGAUGCUUUUUGAGGUUGCUGCUCCCAUCAAUCUGCUCAGUAAAAAUAGCUCAUCUUGUAAUGGAGGGGAAAAUUCCAGUCGCAGCGCUGAGAAGCGAUCAGCCGAAGAUGAAACUGCAGACCUCCCAACAAAGCCUACAAAGAUCUCCAAGUUUGGGUUUGCCAUAGGUAGUCAGACGACAAGGAAAGCCUCGGCCAUAUCCAUCAAACUCGGCUCAAGUAAGCCUAAAGAACCGGUUCCAACUCUUGCUCCAAAAACCCUUUCAGUAGCAGCCGCUUUUAAUGAAGAUGAAGAUAGUGAACCAGAGGAAAUGCCUCCAGAAGCAAAGAUGAGGAUGAAGAAUAUUGGAAGGGAUACACCAACAUCAGCAGGACCAAAUUCCUUCAAUAAAGGAAAGCAUGGGUUUUCUGAUAACCAGAAGCUAUGGGAGCGAAAUAUAAAAUCUCAUCUUGGAAAUGUCCAUGACCAAGACAAUUAAAUGAUGUGUUUUGAAAUUGGGGUGUGGGGUGGGUGUAAAGUUAAAAGGAACAGUUUCCUUUUUUAAGGAAUGGUAUAAGACUAUCUUUGGAGCCGCCUUUUUUUUCUUUUUCUUUUUUUAAAUAUUGAGUGGUACACUAAUAAAUGAGAAUUUGAAAUUAGAAGUAAUUUAUGUUUUAUAUACAGAUUUCGAGACAUUUACUAAUUUUGUAGUUUCAUGUGAUUAGUUUCCAAAGGUUACAGAUACUAAAAAAAUCAAAAAUGGUACCUUUCUAAGAAUUGCAUAUUUUUUUAGACACAACUAUUAGCACAUUAGGAGGGAAGCAAAAAGUUGUCUAUUUAAACUGUAGGCCGUUACUCUCUAACUUAACUCCCUUAUUAACCUAAACUUGUCUGGCUCCCAGGAACAGCCUUAUAGAGAAGGGAGUAUUGUAUUGGGAGGAAAAUGUUACUGGACUAUUGACUGAGAAAGUAAAUUAGAUAAAAUACAGCUUUUUUUUUUUCCCUAAUGGGCAUUUGUUCAGUUUCAAAUCAUCAUUAACUAGUUAUUGCAUUGCUAUCAGUGGAUACAGAUGCUUAGCUCUUUAGAAGGAACAUUUUAAAAUUUUACGUAAACUGUUGAGUAUUUAAAAUAGCCCACUUCACUUCAAAGGGCUUUGUCUGCUUUCAUUAGUCUUCAAAGAACCACCAUUUGCUACCAAAGUAAAUCAGUAUUUUGAAUGUGCUUCUCUUGAUUUUUGUUAUUAGCUAGUUCCUGUAAGCAUUUCCACCAGAUCUUGAGGCAAAUCAUAAGGAAGCUGUUUCUUUUAAAAUAACAAACCACCACCAAAAAUUUAAAUGUACAUAAUAGUUAAAUGUUUGGCUGUUCUUAUUUUUUAAAGGGUAUAAACACCAAAAAAGGGGGGGGAGCAACAAUGUAUGAAGAUGGAAGAUAAGAAAGAUGCACUUUCUGUAACUUUAUCAAAGCAUUUACGUUACUAACUUGUGAAAUCCAAUUUGAUUUGAACUUAUUAACAGGAAUUCUUAUUUAGCACAAAAAUAUGGUUUACUUUAACUGUAUACUUGCUAACCAGUGGCCUCUCAAAAGCACAUUUUAGAUACUAAAAAUGAAAGAAAAUGCAUCUUUAAACAUAUUUUAUGGAAUCUUCGACCACAUAUACUUUGUUAAUCUAUGUGUUGUAGGAUUGUGUUUAUUUUGUAUUUUUGUAUUGUAUAUGAAUUCUUUUUUAAUGUGACAGUUAAACACAUCUUUUAAAGCUUAGACACACAUAGAAGAAACAUACAGUAUAAUGAUUUUCCUUGAAAACUACAAUGUUAGAUUUUGGAGGCAGCUUCAGACUGAUUGGUGGUAACUACUUGCUCUGAGCUCUUUUAAUAAGUAAUAACUCCAGAGAAGCAGCCUGUAUAUAUUCCUAAUACUUUGUUCACUUGCAUUUGAGUUUAGACGCCCCAAGUAAAACAAUGGAAAUGUAUAUAGAACUAUUAGUUCUUACUUACAUGAUUUAAUUAUAUCAAGAUACAUGAAUUUAACUUGCUUUAAUGUAGGCAAACUUUCCAUUUUUGUUCAUUUUGAUGUUUAUGUUGAAAUAACACCCCUCUCCUACAUUUCAUUUUCUUGACUCAAAUAUCAACGUACGGUCAAGAUGGGAGAGAGAAACAACUAAGAUGAAUGUCUUUACUAAAAUACCAAUAAAUUUGUCAAACUCUAUUAGUGUUCUUAUUUUCUGUUCCAGUUAAUUGUUGCUGGGUUUGUUUUAAGCAAAGAGACAUGUUAUUACUGUUGCCCAGAUUGUUGGCUGAAGUAAUGGGAGAUUUAAAAUUGUUUUUUGGAAUCUACAUAACUGAGCGCAUAGUUCGAGAGCAUUAUAUGAUAUCUUGGGUUUGAAGAGACCUAAUCCAAAUUCUCCCCUUCCUCUACUGCUGAAAUGUCAUCUAGUGUGUGCUGUAGUAAAUCCUAGCCAAAGCAUAUCUUUGAAAAUUCCUAAGUGUUGGAAGGUAUUCUGUUACUAGUGGCUGCCAUUGAUUUUCUCAGAAUAUUUUCCUAAUGUUUAUAAUGCUCCUGUCCAAUAGGUCAAGUCUUAGUAAAUGAAAAGAUUGAACUACAUUUUAGAAUUAAGAUUCAUUUCUAGUUUAAUUACAAAUGAAGGCUAUGAAUUUCAGUUUUUUUAUAACUAAUUAUCAAGAUUAGUUUGAUACACUGGAGUGAUUGUUCAAGUUACUUUCUUGCUGAGAUGAAGAUAUUUUAAUUUUUUUCAACUUCAUUUUGAAAAAAUUUCAAACUUAGAAAACAUUGCAAAAAUAUAUGAAGUAUUUCCCACGAUCUUCUAGUGAUAAAAUAUAACCACAGGACGAUUGUCAAAAUCAGGGAAUUAACAUUAAAAUAUUGUCAUCUCUUACUGUUAUUCUACAGACCUUACUCAUUUCACCAUUUGCUCCACUAAUGUCUCCCUAGUUGAAGAUUCACUUCAUUAUCACAUAUUGUUUAGUUGUCAUUUCUCUCAAACUCCUUUAGUCUGGGACUCUUCAGAGUUUGUCUUUUAUGACCUUAGACUUUUUGAAAAGUACAAGCCAAUUUGUAAAAGAUCUCCCAGUUUAGGGUUUCCCUAAUGUUUCCUCAUGAUUAAAUGUUUAUUGCAUUUUUGGCAAAAGUAA